GAAUCAUUGAAGUACAAUGGCAUCUGUCAAAGAGCUGCUUGUGAACUCACUGAAUGAACUGGUAAAAGAUGAUCUGAAGAAGUUUCAGUGGUACUUGAACGAUCAUAAACCGCAGGGUAUUCCAAAAUCUGAAAUGGAGAAUGCAGAUGUUUUAGAUACAGUGGACAAGAUGGUGGAGCGUUUUGGAGCAGAAGAAGCUGUGAAGAUCACGGUCAACCUUCUGAGGGAGAUGAAUCAGAACAUUUUGGCUAAAGUGAUAGAGAACAAAAAGACUGAAGGUAACCUGAGUGACUACAGUAAAACUGAUCUUCAUGAUUACAGAAAGAUCAGCUUCAAACUGAAGAAGAAAUUACAACAGGACUACAGGCAGAUACUGGUUGGUAGUUCACAAACAGGUCAUCAGAAAUAUCUGAGUGAUAUUUACACUGAUCUAUAUGUGGUGAAGAAUGAGACUGGAGGAAUAGUGACUGAACAAGAGGUGAGACAGACUGAACAGAACAUCCACCAAAUGAAUGUGAAGGACACCACAGUCUUGAGCAAUGACCUGUUCAAAGUCCAAUAUGAUACUGGUCGAAGAAACCGAAAAGUGCUGACGAUGGGAAUCGCAGGGGUGGGAAAGACAGUCUCUGUUAAUAAAUUCAUUCUUGACUGGGCUGAUGGAAAAGAAAAUCAGGACAUAGUCUUCAUAUUUCCUCUUCCAUUCCGUAGACUGAACAUUAUUACAAAAAAGUACAGUCUCAUGGGACUGCUUAACAAAUGCUUCUUUAGUGGUCCUGAAGAACUGCCCUCUCUUCCUAAAGAUGACGGUAAGUUCAUGUUUAUCUUUGAUGGGCUGGAUGAAUGUCGCUUCCCAUUGAAGUUUAAAGAGGACUACAGAUUAACAGAUGUGCAUAAAAAAACAACAGUGAGUAAGAUAGUUACAAGUCUGAUUGAGAGACAUCUGGUUCCUUCUUCUCUUGUCUGGAUCACAUCCAGACCAGCAGUAAUUGGUCGGUUACCUCGAGACUACAUUGAUCAGAUGACAGAGGUGCGAGGAUUCAAUGAUGAGCAAAAAGAGCAAUAUUUCAUCAAAAAUAGCCCUCCUGAGCUUGCUGGAAGCAUCAUCCGUCACAUCAGGAAAUCCAGGAGUCUGUACAUAAUGUGCCACAUCCCUGUCUUCUGCUGGAUCUCUCUCACUGUUCUUCAGCCUCUGCUUGCUGUAGAGAGCAAUGACAAAACACCCACAACUCUCACAGAGAUGUAUACAAGCUUCUUACUCUCUCAGAAGCAACAUAUGGAAACAAAGUACUGCGAUGAUCCUGGACCUAAGCCCAAAGCCAGUUGUUUUGAUCAGGUUAUUCUGAAGCUUGGGAAACUGGCAUUUAAACAGCUGCUGAAAGGAAAUCUGAUUUUCUACAAAGAAGAUCUUGAGGAGUGUGGACUAGAUGUCAGUGAAGGGUCAGUGUACUUUGGGUUUUGCACUCAGAUAUUUCAGGAGGAAAAAGCUGUGUCAGAGAGAAAAGUUUAUAGCUUCAUUCAUCUCAGCAUCCAGGAGUUCCUCGCUGCUCUCUACGUGUUUUUCAAACACAAACAUGCAGGAAAACAAAACUUCCUUAAUUCUUGGAGAGAAAUGCUGAUGUUGAAACCUAACAACUUCAGAAACCCCAAAAAAUCAUUAUAUGACCUUCAUAAGUCUGCUAUCAACAAGGCUUUACAGAGCAAGACUAGACACCUGGAGCUAUUCCUUUGGUUUCUCUUGGGUCUCUCACUGGAGUCCAAUCAGAGUGACCUGAAGGAGCUUCUGCCAGAACUGGAACUGAAAACAGAGAAUGUCAAAGACACUGCUGACUAUAUUGAACAGACAAUAGAGAUGCAGAAAUCAGUGGAGAGGAUUGUAAACCUAUUUCCCUGUCUAGUUGAACUGAAAGAUGACUUUGGAGAGGACCUCCUGAAAAAUGUGAGCUCAGGAAAUCUUUCAGCACAGAAUCUCUCUUCUGCUCAGUGGCCGGCUCUGCUGUUUAUGCUGCUGAUAUCAGAAGAAACUCAUGAGAGGUCUGAACUGCAGCAGUUCAACAGAUCUGAUGAAGCACAGAAGUUGUCAUUGACUGCAAAUCCUAGAACAGCAGUGUAA